AUGGCCUCCUCUUCAAAGUCCGAGAUGGACUGUAAUGAAUGGCUGGAUUCGAAACCGGCGCAGUCAGUUAUCUAUGUUUCCUUCGGCAGCUUCAUGACUGUGGCAAGAUCUCAGGUAAGGGAACUAGCAGACGGUCUCAUGAAAAGCGGGUGCUAUUUUUUGUGGGCGCUUCGUCCAGAUAAAGAGGCGGAUCAUGUGUCGGAGAUGUUACCGACUGGAUUUUUGGAGGAAUGUAAAGGGCGAGGGAUAAUUGCGCCCUGGUUUAGGCAGGCGGAGGUUCUGAAACAUCCUGCCGUGGGAGGGUUUUUGAGCCACUGCGGGUGGAAUGCGGUCGUGGAAAGUGUCUCGGUAGGUAUUCCCAUGUUGGGAUUUCCUAUUGGAGGGGACCAGUUUUUCAAUUGCAGAUUCAUGGUGGAGGAAUGGAAGUUUGGGUUAGGGCUGAAAAAUACAGAGGAUGGGAAUAGGAUUAUAAGAGCUGAAGAAAUAGAGAUGAAGGUGAGAAUGUUGAUGGAAGGGGAGGAGGGUGAGAGAGUAAGAAGAGCAGCAGAGAGAUUUAGGGAUUUGGCCGUGGAGGAAGUGAGUAAAGGAGGACGCUCUGCAGCUAAUUUGGAAGUGCUAGUGAAUAGUCUGAAAGUAAUUUGA